CAGCCACCCGAUGUCUUCGGCGCCCGAGAAGCAGCAGCCACCGCACGGCGGCGGCGGCGGCGGCGGCAGCGGUGGCGGCGGGGGAGGCGGCGCGGCCAUGGACCCCGCGGCGUCCGGCCAGUCCAAGGCCAAGAAGACGAAUGCGGGCAUCCGGCGCCCGGAGAAGCCGCCCUACUCGUACAUCGCGCUCAUCGUCAUGGCCAUCCAGAGCUCGCCCACCAAGCGCCUGACGCUCAGCGAGAUCUACCAGUUCCUCCAGAGCCGCUUCCCCUUCUUCCGCGGCUCCUACCAGGGCUGGAAGAAUUCCGUGCGCCACAACCUCUCGCUCAACGAGUGCUUCAUCAAGUUGCCCAAGGGCCUGGGGCGGCCCGGCAAGGGUCACUACUGGACCAUCGACCCGGCCAGCGAGUUCAUGUUCGAGGAGGGCUCCUUUCGGAGGCGGCCGCGCGGCUUCCGAAGGAAAUGCCAGGCGCUCAAGCCCAUGUACAGCAUGAUGAAUGGGCUCGGCUUCAACCACCUCCCGGACACCUAUGGCUUCCAGGGCUCGGCCGGUGGCCUCUCGUGCCCUCCCAAUAGCCUGGCUCUGGAGGGCGGCCUGGGGAUGAUGAAUGGCCACUUGCCGGGUAACGUGGACGGCAUGGCUUUGCCCAGCCACUCGGUGCCUCACCUGCCCGCCAACGGCGGCCACUCGUACAUGGGCAGCUGCGGGGGCUCAGCGGCAGGGGAGUAUCCGCACCACGACAGUUCGGUGCCCGCCUCCCCGCUGCUGCCGACUGCCACCGGCGGGGUCAUGGAGCCGCACGCCGUGUACUCCAGCUCCGCCGCAGCCUGGCCGCCUUCGGCCUCCGCCGCGCUCAACAGCGGCGCCUCCUACAUCAAGCAGCAGCCUCUGUCCCCUUGCAAUCCGGCGGCCAACCCCCUGCCUGGCAGUCUCUCCACGCACUCCCUGGACCAGCCAUACCUGCACCAGAACAGUCACAACGCCCCGGCUGAGCUGCAAGGCAUCCCGAGGUAUCACUCACAGUCGCCCAGCAUGUGUGACCGAAAGGAGUUCGUCUUCUCUUUCAACGCUAUGGCGUCUUCGUCCAUGCACUCGGCCGGGGGAGGCUCCUACUACCACCAGCAGGUCACCUACCAAGACAUCAAACCCUGCGUGAUGUGAGGCUGAGUUCGCGGGCCCUCCCCCCCAGGCUGGCCAGCCCAGGGACUCAGAGCCCACCACCAGAAACUGCUUUAUUCUUGAGGUAUAACCAUCGGCAGAAGAAAAGGGUCCUGCCCAUCCCCAGUCGGAUUAUUUGGAAAAACAAAACAAAAACAAAAACAAAAAAAAAAACCCAAACCCCUGUGGUCUGCAGUUCCUUCACUCCCGCACUAAUUUCUAAAGAUUUCCAAAGGCAGCGGGGAGGGGGGCCUGAUAGGACCACAGCUGCCUGUCCAUAAAUACUCAUUUUCGAUUCCGUGGAAAUGGGCCACGAAGGUGUGGGGGAAAACCCUUAACAUUGAAAGAAGAAUUCUGCCGAGGUCUCUUCUACCCCCUCCAAUGGCAAAAGUGAGGGAAGAAUUUUAGAAGCAAUGCAGACGCACGUGAGACCAGUUACUACCGAAUACUUUUAUUUUGGGUUGAAUAUUUAUCUUUUAAUUUUUAACUUUUUUUUUUUCCCCUGAAAGAAUGUCUUGGAAUGCGCAAGCCUCCCUUUAGAGCCGUCUUUUUUCCCUCCCCACCUGGGAGUCUCCUCCAGCAAUCACCGGUGGAUCUUUGUGCAAAUAACUUGCAUUUCCGAAGCCACUGUUCGCCUUUAAGAGAAAACAGGAGCUGAGAGAAGUGAGAGGCUGCCUAGGACAGAGAUCCCUUUCCACCUUCCUCGCUCGGCUCCACAGUGUUGUUUUGUGUUGUUUUAAAUUGCUUUUUGUUGGGUGUUUUCUGUCUCCUAAUCUCUACUGUAAACUUUUUGGGAGGAGAUGAACGCGGCAAGACACGGGGAUGAGGAGGCCCAGUGACCCGAGUGAUGCAGAAAGGUUAAGGCACUUUGAAAACUAUAGCCAGGCCCAUCCUGUUAUUUAUUCUACUUUCUUUCCCUAAUAAUCAAACACCACGUAGGCUCCUCCGUUUAUCAGUAUUAACGGUGUAACUUUGUUGGCAAUAUUUGCCGUGUAGAGUUUUUUUUUUUUUAGAUAUCCAUUGUAAAUUUGAAACAAAGACCGAUCUAUGUAGAAACAAAUUUCCAUAUGUUUUAUAUAAAUAUAUAUAUAAUAUGAAGGACUAUCCCCCCCCCUUUUUUUUAGUAUUUUGGCUGCCCAAGAGCAGUGCUCGUGACACAUUUUAAAUUU